AUGGGGCCUCGGAGCCGAGUCAAGGUCGCCAAAUGCCAGAUGCUGGUCACCGGGCUCUUUGUCUUGCUGCUGGGCCUGUCUGUGGCCACCAUGGCUGUUAUCACCCGCUUCGGGGCCCCCUUUACUGUCAUUAGCCAUGUGUCCUUGGAGAGGAACCCCUACGAGCCUGUGCACCGCUGGGCCUUCUCUGUAGGAGUCAGCCUGGCGGGGCUCUUGACCCUGGGGGCCAUACUCUGCGUUGCAGCCACCGUGAGGGAAGCCGUGGGCCUGAUGGCAGGGGCCUUCCUGUGCUUCGCGCUGGUGUUCUGCAUCCUGGUGCAGGUGGCCUUCUGGAGGUUCCACAACCCCACCCAGGUGGAAGAUGCCGUGCUGGACACAUAUGACCUGGUGUACGAGCAGGCGGUCCGCAGCCCGGCUAGCACCCAGGGCCAGGAGCUGGCAGCCAUCCAGGACACGUUACAGUGCUGCGGAAAGCGCUCUCCUUUCGGGCGAAUGCACAGCGAAGAGGCAGGGCUGUGUCCGGGGGAGCUGGCCGGGAGAGAGGACUGCCUGCAGGGGCUCAGGAGCUUCUUAAAGACACACCUGAGAGUUGCCACUGCCCUGGCCAGCCUCAGCCUCGUCCUCACGGUGUACGCCCUGCUGCUCAGCUCCUUCCUUUGGGCGGCCAUUCGCUCCGGCUGCAGCUUGGACCGCCGAGGCACAUACACCCUGACACCGAGAGCCCGUCACCGACGGCCCCGGGAGCCCAGUGUCUCCAGAUACUCCAAGGGUGGCCCCAACCUUCAGCACCAUUCAGAAACACAGGCUCUUGAUGACCGUCUGGGUCAAAGCGGACAUGCCAGCAGCCCUGGGCUUUGUGAACACAACUGA